CCAUGAUGCUCCAGGCGGCUGUGCUCAGUGUCCUCUUCUUCUCUGUCCACAGUUUUACUAUACAGGCUUCCUUUGAAAAGCGUGACGAGAACUCUGAUUUCUACACCACAGGCAACACCAUUGAAGAUGACGAUUUCAGUGUGUCCACGCUGUUGGAGAAGGCCAAUGUUAAUCUUGGAAAGAACGUUGAUGACCCUCUGGUGUUAUUUGGAGACAUAGCAGUGCCAACAGGUCUACAGAACGCUGAUCCCUGCACAGCACGAGGCUGCCUGUGGCCUAAAGCCACCGACGGCAACGUCUACGUACCCUACCGCAUCUCCGACCAGUACUCCACAAGAGAGAGAGAAACCAUUGUCCAAGGCCUGCGUUCAUUUGCUCAGUCCACUUGCAUCCGCUUCACCCCCUUGGCUAAUGGACAGAGGGACUUUGUGGACAUCCAGUCUCUCGGAGGGUGUUUCUCAUAUAUUGGGCGUCGUGGUAAUGGCCAGGUAGUGUCUUUGAUGCGCCAGGGCUGUGUUUUCCUGGAGAUCAUCCAACACGAGCUGCUCCACGCCCUGGGCUUCCACCAUGAACAGAACCGGUCAGACAGGGACCAGCAUGUUCGCAUCCUGCUGCAGAACGUCAUUCCUGGAUUGGAGUCCCAAUUCACCAAGGUCCAAACAAGGAACCUUGGCACUCCCUAUGACUACGGCUCUGUCAUGCAAUAUGGAAGGUUUGCCUUCUCUAGAAAUAGGCAGCCAACCAUCGUUCCUAUCCCCGACAACAAUGUAUCCCUUGGCAGAGCCACCCAGAUGAGUCCUAAUGACAUCCUUCGGGUGAACCGCCUGUAUGGCUGCAAUUCGACUGCUUCCAGACGUCACCUGAAACCUGGCCAAAGAAAGCAUUUCCUCUAAAAAUGAAAGAAAUCCAGAGCAAAUGAGGCAAACAGAUGCAAUGUUUUACAAGCAAAACCAGAAAUGCAUCUUGUGCUUAAUGAAUGUGCUUUUAUUCAGAAUUUGAUCAAAUUAGCUUGCAUGCUGUCCUAAUGAGAAAUGAAGUGUCCAAUGACAUCAUCACAAAUGCAAAUAUCCGCUUUGAGCUUGAUUACUAAAAAUAAAUAAAACAUGCUUAUUUGCAUCAUAACCUUAGCCUGUGUCCUGUAUUGUGACCUGAGGAGAUAGAAGUGUUGUACCAGCCCCAGCAGUCACCAUAAGAAAAUAUUUAAGCCAGAAACAAGGUCAACAUUCAUGUAGAAGCAGAACUCAGUGAAAAGCCACGCAGGUGAUCAGCAAUAUUCACAGUUUCUGUCAUUCUCACAUCGAUGGCCUUCAUGAACAGAGCCCAGUGACAAACACACAGGUGAUCAAACGCAGCACAUACUGUACUGUAGUUGAUAAGGCUUUUUUCUUUACCCGGAACACCAGACGUACAGUCUCACACACGCUUGUGCCAAUAAGUCACUUUUUAAUUCUGAAAAUUAAUAUUGUACCAUCCCAUAAAAUAUUGGAUUUGUGAAAAAAUGACUUCAUUCUACAUUAUUGCAAUUUGUAAUCAUUUAGUAACAGUCUUAGAUUGUAAAGUGUUCCUUUAAUUUUGUCCAUGUCUUUUUUGAUAAAGUCUCAGAGGGUGCAUUUCAUUUCAUUACACUGCACGAGUGUUCCUUUUAUUUUGUCCACGUCUUUUUGGACAAAACGUCAGAGGCUACAUUUCAUUACACUGCACAAGUUUUAUUUUUUAUUUUUGUCCAUGUCUUUUUGGAGAAAAACAGGUGUUCCUGUUAUUUUGUCCACCUUUGCAUGUGUAAGGUGUCAUGCUGCGGCAUCACCUUUGUAUUCACAGCACAUAAAUAUGG